AUGGACACUGAAGAGAAUGAGGAACCGCUCUGGGACCCCAUUCAACAAAUUUAUACCGGAGGAGUACUACCCCAAACAGUCGAAAUCCAGGAUUUGAUUGCGGAGAACAACGGCACCCUCCGACUGUUCGGCUACGGGUCUCUGUGUUGGAACCCCGGCACCGGAGCCCUUGCCGAUCCGUCAGUGCGAUACGCGCCAGGCCAGGCACGAGGAUACCGACGCUGUUGGGCACAAAAGUCGACCGAUCAUCGCGGCCUUCCUUGCUUCCCUGGAAUUGUGUGUACUUUGCUGAAAGACCAAGAAUUUCGAGAAUUUCUCUCGUCUGGCGUAGACGAGGAAACGUUGACGGAAGGACUAAUUUUCGAAGUCCCUCCGCCUUUAGUUGAAGAAUGCUUAGCGGAGCUAGAUUUUCGAGAAAAAGGUGGCUACGCCAGAGACAUAAUAGAAGUUGUCGAAGACAAGAGUGGUAAAGUGGUUCAGGCUUUACUGUAUAGAGGCACCCCACAGAAUCCGGCGUUUUGGCCAAGAGCAUUGCGAGAUCUUCCGUUUGCAGCAGGCGAGUCCCUUCAGACAAUCAUGGCUACGGCGAUCGGUCCGAGUGGUGAGAAUGAAGUUUAUUUGAGCCGUUUGGACCACUUUCUAGGAAAAGUAGCUUCAGGUUCCACACUGAAGAAAUACGACGAUACACUGGUGCUUGCAUCUAUGACGAAACAGUUACGCAAUCAAAAUUUGCAUUUCAUGUUUGGCUCGGGGUCUAAUCAGCGAAACCAGCUUUUACUGCAAACAGAAAAUAAUGCGGCCGCUCUAUUUAACAACGAAGAUGCCCAUGAAAUGAAAGAAAUCGUUUUGUGCGCUGACCAAACCGACAAAAUCGAAGUGAAUGAAAAAGUUAUUUCUUUAUUUGCAGGAGGAGGACACAGUGCGAUCCUUAUGCAAAGCGGAAGGCUAUUCCUAUUCGGGUCAAACGAACAUAGUCAGUUGGGAGCAAGUGGAAUCACACAAUCCUCCUUUCCGCUCCCUAUCCUUACUUGUCUCCGUGAUUUGUUUAUUUCCUAUUGCUCGCUUGGUUUUUCUCAUUCAUUGGUGGUCGAAAAAGAGACAGGUCGUGUAUAUUCCUUCGGGGACAACGCAAGAGGCCAAGCUGACCCUGAUAACUGCGCCUCCACCAUUCCAUUGCCAACUGCUCUACCGCUCAAGGAACAUAUUGUGGCCGUGUUCGCUGGAGUUUUCCAUUCUGCUGCCGUGAGCGAAGAUGGCGAACUCAUAACCUGGGGCUGUGGUCGAUUUGGACAGUGCCUUCCUGUUGUACGGCAUAGAUUGUACGGGCACUGGAAACCAGAUGACGGAAGCAGGGUGCUUGGUGUUGCUUGUGGACGUCGCCACACAGUUACGUUUGACGAUCGUGGGCGAGUGUGGAGUUUUGGUGAAAAUAAAUACGGCCAGCUUGGACGCGAUCUUAAAGGUGAAAAAUACAGUAGGGUACCAUCGCUGGUGGAUGGCGAUUGGGGGCUCGACAGCUUGUCAGUCACCGGAGUGCACUGCGGCUGGUCUCACACUAUCCUUCAAUUGGAAAAUGGCAAGGGAGAACUAAUAUUAUUUGGCUGGGGAAGGAAUGACAAAGGCCAGCUUGGGGUUGGCACAAGCAGCAUCGUCUUUAAUCCUGUACGGUUGUAUCCUUCGCAUAAAAUUAGACUUGUCGCUUGCGGAUCCGAGUCUACUGCAAUCGUCGACACUGACGGCGAAAUAUGGAGCUGCGGUUGGAAUGAGCACGGAAACCUGGGUUUAGGACAUGACUUUGAUGCAUUCGAACUAACCAAAAUCAAAGGGGCUCCGAUCACUUUGACUCCAGGCUAUUCAGAAAAGAGUAGUUUAGGACUCGCCUUGGGUGGAGCUCAUAUGAUUGCUAUGCGACUCGCUAAAAAGACAAGCUGA